UCGAAGAAUGGUGAAGUGACCACAACUGAAAUCACGACGACAGACGAGAAGAAGAAGGUGUGCAAAUGGUGGAAUAAGAACGCACACAAAGAAAAUGUUGAUGACGAGAAGCAAAUGACCGUUGGAAUAAAUAUGCUUGAUCGGGAUGAAAAGUUUCAACGUCGUGAAACUGGUCAAAAAAUCGCCAAAUUGAUAUGA